UUUGUAAACAGAAAACUGAAACACCUCAUGCCUCAUUGUCUUUUGCUUUUGUGCUUGCUAUAACGAAUCGGAUAUAGGCUAUGUACACUUAAUUAUUUGUGUAGUUGAAUGUUUAGUCAAAUGUGCAUCAUUAUGUAACAUCUGUUAAGCAAAUCAAUUUUCUGAUUAAUAGGAGAAAAUGGCUGUUCUAAUCAAGGAUGUACAACUUAGUGACAAGCAUCCAUCCAAAUUAUUUUUAGACAAGCACUGUGAAUACAUUUGCUCCUAUGGAAAGAAAAAAGAUGACUAUGAAUUCAGCAUCACAGAAUAUUUGCGUUUAAGUGGUAUCUAUUGGGGCCUGACUGCACUGGACCUCAUGGGCCAGCUUGACAAAUUGGAGAAGGAACCAGUCAUAGAAUUCCUCAAAAGUUGCCUGCACAAGUGUGGAGGCUUCAGCUCUAGUACAGGACACGACCCACAUAUCCUUUAUACUCUCAGCGCAUUACAGAUUUUAACAAUGUAUGAUGCUUUAGAUAUAAUAGAUGUGGAUAAGACAGUUGAGUUUAUCAAAGGCCUACAACAAGAGGAUGGUAGCUUCGUUGGUGACAAAUGGG